AUGGCUUCUACCUUUCAUACCACCAUCAAGGGAUGCUCAUUGACGGUGAAAAGUGGGCUUGUGAAGCUUGCGUCCGCGGCCACCGUACCCUCCCGCCCCAACAGCGCCUUCCAACCCAUCGCGCCCCGUCCUUCGCUCGACUCUGCAACGCGGGCCGCCAGCCACGCAGCGAUCCCAGCACCGCUUGCAAGUCAUCCCGGCUCGCAUCCCGGCGCCGUCCCCGCACGACCAAGACCUUCUCCGCGUUCCCGCAGCUCGACAGAUGCCCCGAUGGGUAUGACGAGCCACAGUCUCGGAUACGCAUCCGGCCAGGCACACGCACACGGGCAUCCUCAUCCCGGCGCGCGAUCCUCUGCCCCAACACUCCCAGUCCCACUCCCAGUAUUCACAACCGCGCCCCCACCCUUGCACUUCCCGCUAACCUGCGGCUCGUUCGCGACCCCCGCCCUCGCCUCCGUAUCGGACAUCCCCGUCUCGAUGCCGCUGAUGCACGGCGACGCGCACGGCCAGGGGUUCCUAUUCGCGGACGGCGCGGGCGGGUACGCCGGCGACGGGGUCUUCUCGCUGGAUGAUCUGGAUGUGGGUGUGGGCGGGGGUGUGAUGAUGCAGGCCGAAUGGGGGGAUCAGUUCUGGCUGGGGGAUGAUUCUGUGUGA